GAUGAGGGUGAUGGUGGUGGCAUUGUGGCGCUCCACGCGCGUUAGAUGCCCCUCUGGAUCUAGUUGAAGCUCUCUCUGGGGGGGUGUCGCGGUGUAUUGUGGGCAGUUUUGGGUCUAAGCAGAGCACAGCUCGUCAUCUCCAGGAAAGAUGGCUGCUCCGGGCUCCACAGCGGCUCUUCCUCCAGAUGUCAGUCCCGGUUUUGCGGUGGUCUGCUCGUUUUUGGAGCGCUACGGGUCUGUUCUGGACCUGCCCGAGCUGUCGUUCCCCCAGCUGGAGCGGUACUUACAGGAGACAUCCGCGGUUCCUCGGCCAUUGAUUGAGCUCCAUAUCAAACUGCUGCGGAAGAUCGGCAAGUCGGCCACACCAGACAGAUGGGAGAAGUAUCUUGUAAAGGUAAGUAUCCUUCUUUGUGACAUGUGUGACAGCGGCUAUCACACGGCCUGUCUGAGACCCCCUCUAAUGAUCAUUCCUGAUGGAGAAUGGUUCUGCCCUCCCUGCCAGCAUAAGCUUCUCUGUGAGAGGCUGGAAGAGCAGCUUCAGAAUCUGGACACGGCUUUGAAGAAGAAAGAGAGAGCUGAACGAAGACGUGAGCGGUUAGUGUAUGUGGGCAUCAGCGUGGAGAACAUUAUACCCACCCCUGAUGGUGAUGGAGAGGACGGCUUGACAGAGAAGAAAAAAGAUGCCAAGAAAACUAAAAAUCUGGGCAGGCGAUCAACUAGGACGAGGAAAUCCAUCAGUUAUAGGUUUGAUGAUUUCGAUGAAGCCAUCGAUGAAGCAAUAGAGGAAGAUAUUCAAGAUCCAGAAGGAGGAGGCGCUGGUGGCGGUAAACCUGCGGCGCCCGUCACGAGUCAGCAGAGGAGCGUGGCGAGCCGUGAGAGUCGACGGCCUGUGAAAGCUCCCGCCCCGCGUAAGAGGAAACGCCGGCGACUCAAUGACCUGGACAGUGACAGUACGCUGGACUCGGAGGAGAGCGAGGACGAGUUUCAGCUCAGUGACAGUAUGGAGGAGGAGGAUUUUGUGGUUUCAGGAGAUGGUGCAUCUGAGGGUGACGCGGGCUCUUAUGACGCGAGUGAAUGGGGCAGUGGUGAAAGUGCCGCCGAGAAUCAACCAGCCUCCAGGAGAACAGGAAGAAGUGCUCACACUCUGGGAACCAGGAGGAGCAGACGCAAACCUCCUUCCCGACGAAGAGGAACCUCAGAAGAAGAGGACAUGUUAGACUCUGAGGAAGAGGAGGAGGAGGAAGAGGGAAUGGAAACAGAAGGCUCUAACGAGUUCAGCGAUAGCGAUGUGGAUGUGAAUAGAAGGCGUCCGCGACGGAGUCAGAACUCUCAGGUCAACUACUGUGAGACGUCAGAGUCUGACGGGUCACGAAAGGCGUCCGAUCAGAAGCACUCCUCUCUUCCUCACCGUCGACGGCUGUCCAGCUCCAACAGUGAAGAGUCCAUACUUUCUAAAGACUUUGAGCCAAAGGAAUCGCAUCAGAGAUCAGAAAAAGGACGCAAGUGCGAUUCAACAAGGGAAGAUUCCAAACACAGGCACAAACGAGAAAAACAGAGACAGCAGAGAAGCUCCAGUGAAGACGAGGAGGAAGAGGAAGAUGGAGGAGAAACGGAAGACGAACGGCCCCUCCGCAAGAGGUCGAACCGCAUAGAAACAGACGAAGAAGAGGAGGAAGAGGAGAACACACGAGGAAGCGUCCGGUGGAAGCACACGGCGGGGUCUCGAGGUCCCGUCAGGCACAACGGCUUGGUCCCGCUGAGGGCCGCAGAUCAGGAUGACGACGACGACGACGACGACGACGAGGACGAGGAAGAGUUCACUGGAGUCACGGACCUUGUUAACUUUGUUUUCGACAGUGAACAGUUGUCAUGAUCAGCUCAGUAGCUUAAAUACGUUUAUUUUCUCAUCGCCUUCUCACGGGAAUG